AUGGGCUCCGCCAUGGACCACGUCGGCGCGGCGGGCGGGAGGGCCAAGAAGGCGUCCGGCGGCUCGCAGCUGUGGAAGAAGGCGCUGCUGCAUUCCAGCCUCUGCUUCGUCAUGGGCUUCUUCACGGGCUUCGCCCCCUCCUCCGUCUCCGACUGGCGGUCCGUCGCGCCCGCCGGGGUGGGGAGCAGCCACGUGGUGAAGACGCCGCAAGUGAUCGCGUCGGGCGCGGCCAUGGACCGGAGCCUGCUGGCGCGGGACGCGGCCGCGAGAAUCGGGGGCGUCCCGCGGCCUCUCCUGGUGGUCGUGACGACGACCGAGUCGACGCCUACGGCGGCCGGCGAGCGGGCGGCGAUGCUGACCAGGAUGGCGCACACCCUGCGGCUCGUGCCGCCGCCGCUGCUGUGGGUGGUGGUGGAGGCCGCCCCCGACGUGCCGGCGACGGCGAAGCUGCUGCGCGACACGGGGAUCCUGUACCGCCACCUGACCUACAAGGAGAACUUCACGGCCGCCGAGGUCGCCGCGGGCAAGGAGCGCCACCACCAGCGCAACACCGCGCUGGAGCACAUCGAGCGGCACCGCCUCGCCGCCAUCGUCCACUUCGCCGGCCUCGGCGACGUCUACGAGCUGCGCUUUUUCGACCAGCUCCGGCAGAUCAGUACAUUCGGUGCGUGGCCGGUGGCGAGGAUGUCGCGGAACGAGCGGAAGGUGGUCAUCCAGGGCCCUGCGUGCAGCUCCUCCAAGGUCCUCGGCUGGUUCUCCAGGGACCUGAUGAGCAACGGCACCGCCGGCACGGGCGGCGGCACGGCGGCGACCUCGCCUGAGAUUGACGUCCACGGCUUCGCCUUCAACAGCUCCGUGCUCUGGGACCCCGAGCGCUGGGGCCGCUACCCGACCUCCGAGCCCGACAAGUCCCAGGACUCGAUGAGGUUUGUGCAGCAAGUGGUGUCGGAGGAUUAUAGCAAGGUGAAGGGCAUUCCUCCAGAUUGCCUGGAGAUCAUGGUGUGGGGCGUCGACACGCCGCCGCCGCCGGCCCCGUCUUCCUCGCAACAAACUCCGGGGAAUAAGAGGAGGUAG